AUGCGUCACAAGGGCAGCAGAGUAAUCGACACUCGCCACCAUAGACGGCGAGUCACUCCGAAUCAGCACGAUGUCCGCGAACUUGCCGACCUCCAGGCUCCCGAUCUCAGACUCCAUAUGAAUAGCAUGUGCAACGGAGUACCACUAGAGGUGUUCGACGGCUUCAGGGCUGCCAUGGUCAAAGAUCGGGCACAAUUCUUUAUCGACGUGCUGGCUGGGCCCUUCUUUGGCUUCAAUCGGCCCAAUGCUCACGUGAGCCAAGGCAAGAUCUGGUCAUGGUGGCAGCAAGGGCAGCUAUGCGGGUUCAAAGCGGCGUACGACUGUAUCAAAGCCUUUUCCGAGACUGACACUAGCGAGUAUUUACGUAACGCUGAUAUUCCGAUCCUGAUAUUGCACGGAACUGAUGACCAAGUCGUCCCAAUCGAUGCUAGUGCACGAAGAGCAAUCAAGCUUUGCAAGAAGGCGACUCUAAAGGAGUUCCCCGGAGCACCACAUGCUCUGCCGGAUGUUAGUGCAGACAAAGUCAAUCAAGAACUGUUGAACUUCUUGCAGUCGUGA